UAGAGGAGCUCAGUUUAACGAACGCCGCUGUACACGCGCACGUUAGCGCUUUCCACCCUUCAAAAAAUUUUCCUUCAUCGAAGGCGCUUAAUUAGGGCUCCUAAUUUCUGAUAAUCACUCUUCGUCUCCAUUCUCCACACACACACAAACAAAAGUUUUAAAUAUAUAUGUACAUAGAUUCAUACACAGAUAUUGAGAUAUAUAUAGAUAUAAAUAAUUUGGUGAAAGGGAAUUUUGGAUUUGCAGAACUGCAAUGGUGAGAACUGUUAACAGCCGUGUAGAAGACGAAGAAAGUCCCGACAGCUUUUCUCCUACAGAGCGGAGAAGAGUUGAUCAGAAGGGGAAUUGCCACCGGUCGAAGCAUUCGGAGACGGAGCAGCGUAGAAGACUCAAAAUCAACGAGAGAUUUCAAAUUUUGAGGGAUCUCAUACCAGAAAAUGAUUCGAAGCGCGAUAAAGCUUCAUUCUUAUUGGAGGUUAUACAGUAUAUCCAGUUUCUACAUGAAAAGCUUCAAAUGUACGAGGGUUCGUGUGAAGGUUGGAGCCCUGAGCCCACAAAAUUGACACCAUGGAAAAGUAAUUCUGGACCAGUUGAAAGCUUUGUCGACCAAUCUCAUUUUGAGAGCCUUUUAUCUGGUCAAGAAGACAAUGUUUUGCCGUGCCCAACAUCUCUAAGUAACGCAGAAAACUCGGUGCAAUUAGAUUUGACGGGAGAUUCCUUACAUAAAUCAACAGAUGUAUUACAAACAGCACCAAAUCAAGGUCUUCCUCUGAACAUACCACUGCAACCACCUAUGUUCGAGACUGUGCCUACACAAAUCCAUCAAGAAUCUUUCCCCGAUGCCGAGCAAUUCGUCCAGCUGGCAAAACCCCCCUUUCUGCGAGGGGGUUCAUAUAUGGAUCCCUGUCCUUUUCCUAUCAACUCUGCUGAUGUGGAAGAACUGAAGACCGAAAAUGGAGAAGCUAGCGUCUCGAGUACCUAUUCUCAAGGGUUAUUGAGUUCCUUAACAAACGCAUUACUAUCAUCAGGGGUGGAUUUAUCCCAAGCCAACAUUUCGGUGCAACUUGAUAUGAAAAAACACACAAACGGCAGAAGUGCUCCAGCAGUUCUUGAAAAGAAUCACGAGAAUCUGCGCAGCUUCCAUCCAGUACCUCCUGUGCUUAACACCGAUAAUUAUGAACACACUCACAAGAGGUUCAGAGCAGAUCAAAGAUAGUGUGUUCGAUUAUUACUUUCCGUUUCAUAGUAUAUUCAAUUUAUUUCUGCUUACCUCACUGUUUUUGCUAGAGAGGGAGCCGAAUUUGUUCAAAUCAAAUGUGUAUGCUCUUCUAGAUUCUUCUAGAAACUACAUUUCUUUUAUUUUUAAAAGUAUUAUUAAUUGCUUUUAUCAUGGGAAACCUACCUACCUCUUUGGUAAUGUCUA